AUGUCGAGUUCAUUUUUUACCCAAAUUAACAUUCUUCCGCUUGAACCUGAAGAAAAAACAAGGCUUCGCCAAUAUUUUACACAUCACGAUGAAACUAAAGUAAACCAAAUUCUUUUCUCUAUCUAUGAUAGAAAAGAGAAAGUUGAAUAUUUAAAGACUUUCUUAUCAUCUGCAUUUCUGCUAUAUCAGCAAUGCUUUGAAUUUCUAACAUUACACUACCUUUUAAUCCCUACUGGUAGAGAAGGAGAAAAAAGAAGAGACCCGAAAGCAAG